CGUUAAAAUUGCGAUUUAGCGGGAGGCCGUGAACCUCGGUAACGGGAAGGGGCAACUUUCUUCUUCUUCUUCUUCUUCUUCAGGUUGAAGGAAGAAGUAGGAAAAAUGUUUCUCAAAGUGCAGCUGCCAUGGAAUGUCAUAAUCCCUGCCGAAAACUUAGAUGCAAAGGGCUUGAUGCUCCAAAGGUCUAUCAUAAUCCGUCUGCUAGAUGAAUUUGCCACAAAAAAGGCCACAAAGGAUCUCGGUUAUUUUCUCGCAGUUACGACUCUAGAAAAUAUAGGAGAAGGAAAAGUUCGACAGACCGGCGAUGUCUUGUUUCCAGUUAUUUUUAGUGGUAUCACCUUCAAGCUUUAUAGGGGAGAGAUCUUGGAGGGGGUUGUUCACAAGGUUCUCAAACAUGGCGUUUUCUUGAGAUGUGGCCCUGUUGAGAACAUAUAUCUCUCUUAUCUGAAAAUGCCAGAUUACCGCUAUGUGCCGGGUGAGAAUCCCUUGUUCAUGAACGACAAGCUUUCAAAAAUUGAGAAAGAUGUAGUCGUACGUUUUAUCGUCAUUGGAACGAAGUGGCUCGAGGCAGAAAGGGAGUUUCAGGCACUGGUGAGUUUGGAGGGUGAUUAUCUAGGGCCAGUUUCUUAAUGAAUUUCGGGCACUGGUUUAGUUUGUAUUCUGUAUCUAAGUACGUCUUGAUAACAUUCCGACUCAUUUCGAUGCAACUAACCUUGUUGGAUGUUGGAAGUUUGGGAUGGAACAAAGUUUAGGGGACAUUAUUAAUUGAAGCUAAAUGUUUGUAGGAAGUUUCUUGGACUUAAUAGUGUCCCACUCUGUUUAAUUAUCUUGUUUAUCGCUUCA